ACCUGGCUGGAAGCUGUCAUCGCCGGGAAAGAUUCUAGGGCUUAUGGCGAUGGCGAUUAUCAUCCAGCUGCUCGGCAUUACAUCCGCGCUGGCGAUCGUUGCCGUGUGCCAGUUCCCAAUCCCCCGCCGGUACGAUGGAUUCGCUUUCGGCAGCUAUGGCGGCGUCCAGGAGCCGAUUCUGGUGGAGGCCUUCUUCGAUCCGCUGUGCCCCGAUAGCAAGGAUUCGUGGCCGGCGAUCAAGCAGGUUGCGGAGGAGUAUGGCUCGGAAGUGAAAUUUAUUGUCCAUCCCUUUGCGCUUCCGUACCACCACCAGUCGUUCCUUUCGGUGAGAGCGCUCCACAUUGCGAAUCAUCUCAACGCGUCUCUCACGUACCCUUUGUUGGACUUGAUCUUCGAGCACCAGGAAGAGUUUUCCAACGCGAACACUGGUGACAAAACAGCGUCGACGGUGAUCGACGAGUUUUCCAGCCUGUUCGCGUCGCAGUUUGGCAGUGGCAACGAGGCGAAGAGCAUUUUCAAGCAGGGAUUCUAUGACUCCUCCACUGAUCAGGCGGGGCGCAUCUCUUUCAAGUAUGGAUGCUCGAGAGGCGUGACAGGCACACCGGUGUUUUUCGUCAAUGGUGUUCCUCUCAGCAAUGUAGAUGCGAGCUGGGGAAUCGACGAGUGGGCCAACAUUCUCGAUCCGCUGCUAGCAACUGGGCCUGGAAUGAACGCAUUUGGAUGAACUAGCACGGUAAGAUGUAUUGAAGACUACCUUAGAAGAUUGGCAUAUGGACUUCUCUAUACUUUCCAUUGGUCGAGCAUAUGGUUCCAGCCUUCUCAAGCUCGUAUAGAAGAUCCACAAGCUGCUUUUGAUCGCAAUCCGAGAAGAAGGCAGCAAUCUCCAGAAGCGAUGCCUGUAAAAAACGCUUGCUUAUAGCCACGAAUGUAAAUCAUUCUCGUUACCCCGUC